AUGUCUUCAGCUUAUGGAUCAAUUGUUGCUCCUCAAUUUGAUUCUUCUAAAAUUUCAUCAAUCCUUCCUAUUUGCAAAGAAACCAAAUCUGGAAUGUUAAUUGAAAUCGCUAUGGUCAAUAAUAACUCGCCAAUACCACUGAUUUCCCAUUUACAUCAAAUUUUUAGCAAAGUUAUCGAAGAAGGCACCUCAUAUCCACAAGAAUUUGAACUUGAUGAACAAGAAUUUCGUGAAUAUUUUCUUAGCCAUCACGCGUUUGUUGCUUUAAAAGCUAAAGAUAAAUCAACAAAUGGAGUUGUUUGGGACGAGAGAGUAGUUGGAAUGUUUUAUAUCAAACCGAAUUACCCUGGGCGAUGUUCACACAUAUGCAAUGGAGGAUUCAUAGUUCCUCACAAAUCGAGAAAUCUUGGUGUUGGUAAAGCAAUGGGUGAAGCAUUUCUUCAAUUAGCUCCCGCUAUAGGAUAUAAAUCAUCCGUUUUCAAUCUUGUUUUCGCAAACAAUGUUGCUUCUGUUAACUUAUGGAAAUCAUUGAACUUUGUUGAGAUUGGGCGGGUACCAAAAGCGGCAAGAUUACAAGGAUAUGAAGAAUUGGUUGAAGCUAUUGUUUUCUAUAAAGAUUUUGAAACUGAUGUUUAA